AUGAAUGUCGGUUUUUAUUCACCGAAUGAAUAAUGAACAAUUUUGGUAAAUCGAUGCGGAAAUAUUGACAAAUCUGAGGGAUAAUUAGCGGAUGUUUUUCUCUCGUUGCACCGCAGGUACUUUAUGAAAAACCGUAUUUAAUCUGCCAAUUAACGCAAUCGAUUCCAUCAAGCUACCAAACCCAUUAAAACGAUGGCUGUGAACGUUCCGUUAGAAUUUUCUACCUUCAUUCAUUUGCUUAUAAACUACUUUUCAAUGCCAUAAACCUAAGUUUAACAAUCUCGUCUGGUAUCUUGUGCGAUAUAAAAAACAGAUUAGUUGUAUUUGCGAAUUGUUUCGUUAACAUGUGCGGUUAUGAAAGUGAUUGUACGGAAACAAGGGAAGCGCAUUCUUCAAGUUGGAAAAUAUGGGAAAAGCGGCGCUAUGUGGUGGCAGCGAUGGCUUUUUGCGGCUUCUUCAAUGUGUAUAUUUUGAGAGUAAAUCUGAGCAUAGCCCUGGUUGCAAUGACGCAAAACCGAUCAGUUUCCUCUGAAAAUGGAACUGUGGUCAAUCUUGGCCCAGAAUUCGAUUGGAGCAGCGAACUGCAAGGAUACAUUUUAAGCUCGUUUUUUUAUGGCUACAUUUCCACUCAAUUCAUCGGAGGCAUUUUCGCCUCCAGAAUAGGAGGGAAGACCUUAUUUGGACUUGGCGUGAUUGUGACCGCAGUGUUGACCAUUAUCACCCCCUGGUUAACUGAAGUUAACGUAUAUCUGCUAAUCGCUGUUCGAGUAAUUGAAGGAGUUUUUGAGGGAGUCACAUAUCCAUGCAUCCACACGGUUUGGUCCAAAUGGGCCCCGCCAUUGGAACGAGCCCGACUGGCAACUUUUGCCUUUUCUGGCUGUUUCGUUGGAACAGUUGUAGCCAUGCCCAGUUGCGCCUAUUUGGCAGAGUUUCUCGGCUGGCGCAGUGUCUUCUAUAUUUGCGGAGCCUCGGGGGUGGUUUGGUACAUCGGGUGGGUGUUUCUGGUUUCUGGCGCACCAGAAGACGAUCCCCGGAUUAGUGACGAAGAACUUGCCUACAUUCAAGAGUCUAUUAACAGCACUUCGAUGCAAAGCAACAGCACUCAGGUGCCGUGGAAAGAGAUCUUCACUUCGAUGCCCGUUUGGGCGAUCACAGUGUCGCAUUUUGCGGAAAAUUGGGGAUUUUAUACGUUGCUCACACAGUUGCCCAAAUAUUUGAAAGAUGCAUAUAAUUACGAUCUCGGCAAAUCUGGAUUUCUCUCCGCCCUUCCCUACCUGGUAAUGUCCAUUCUCAUCCAGUUUUCCGGCCAGCUGGCCGAUUGGCUUCUGGAAAAAAGGCUCCUCACUACCACACAAGUUCGAAAAGUGUUCAACUGUGUAGGGUUUCUGUCGCAGACGGUUUUCAUGCUGAUUGCUGCCUUUUGGUCCAACCGAAUCGCUUCCGUGUUGUGCCUCACUUUGGCCGUCGGUUUGGGCUCUUUGGCCUGGCCAGGAUUCAGCGUAAACCACUUGGAUUUGGCCCCUCAAUAUGCGUCGAUUCUGAUGGGCAUCAGUAACACGUUUGCCACAAUCCCAGGAAUUGUUAGUCCAACCCUUACUGGAUAUAUCGUGUAUACACCGACCACCGAUCAAUGGGAAACGGUGUUUUUCAUUGCGGCCGGAAUUUACUUGUUUGGCGCCGUGUUUUACGGAACUUUUGCGUCUGGAAAUUUGCAACCAUGGGCCGCUAAAGCGCCUGAAGAUGGACGUUUGAACAAAAACGAAGUGGAAAUGGUCCAGAAAAAACCGGUAUCCAAUGGCAGAGCAGACGAGUAAAGAAUUUGCGGUGAGUAGUUUGAAAUGCUCCCACCAACGCUUCCAUGUCCUGAGAGAAUGAAUGAAGGUGUAAAUUUGUCGCUAAUUGUUUUGCUAUUUAAUAUUAAGUUCUUGAUAUUGACCUCAAGAUGACUUGAAAGCGCAUUUUUUCUGCUCAGCUCUCAGAAACUUGGUUGUUUCCUGCGCCUGAAGUUCUCCAGUUGUUGUGGUUUCCAAAAAACCUGAAUAUCUUCAAAAAUUACAAGUUAAAACAUUUUUUUCUCUAAAAUAGAGGAGUGACUUCAGGAAGUACUGCGCUUAUCAGCCAAUGUAAGGACACAUUCUUAAAGAUCGCUCCCUUGAAUGAUUUUGCUUUUCACAGCUUGAAUCUUUGCAAGCCAACUUCCUUUAAACCGUUUAUUCCAUACUGUCUGACCUUCUACAAGGAUUUUUUCGACCGUUUCAUGCACAUGUAGGAAUUCGCACUUUCACUUUGAUUAUCAGCUUUUUUGCGGUUGCAAGCGUUAUGUUUUGGUAGCGCUGCUAAAUCGAUUCGUAAUUUGCUUCUAACUUUUUACAGAUUGACCAUUUGGGUUUAAGCGUAAUUAGGAAACGAAAGCUCUCGAUAUGUUGUUGGGUUUAUAUUGUUUUAUUUUAAGUCCUAUGGCCACUUAAAUUAAUAAAAUAAGAAAUUCUCUUAAAAAAAAGGCUUUCUAAAAUAUUAUCAUGGUAGCUCUUUAAAGGUCAGGAACUUCUGAUAAAUUAAAAUUUUGCGAGGUCAAAUUCUACAUCGAUCAUCCCUGAAAAAUGUUCAGAACAUCUUACUGGCUUAGGCUUGGAAUUUUUUGAAAAAAUUACCACUCUCAACCGAUUGAUUUUUUAGGUUUUUGCGAAGUUUUUAGACCAGUUUCAAGAGCUUUUGUACUAAAAUAUUUUUGUUGAGAUAGUGCUCGUAAAUCGUCUGUUGUUUUCAGCAAAACUAUGCUUAGAAAAGAUCUAAUUGUUUUUUUUAAAUAUACAUUACAUAAUUGCUGCUCCGAACCACACACGCUCUGAGCAUCCACGCGCACGCCGCGCUAUUACCGUUUAUGGAACAUCGCCCGAAUACACACGACGUGAGCAGACACGAAUAUGUUGAGCAUUUCAAUCGCCUACAUCUGUCAACUGUAUCUUUCUGUAAACUUUGUCAUUUUAUUCUUGAAAAAAGUCAAAUUUUGACACACCAGCGAGAAACUUGUAAAAAUUAAAUUGAAAAGUUCCGCAAAAAUAUUUCCAAUAACUAUUCAAAAUGCCCUUAUUACGUUUAGUCGGCAGGAAACCAGUGGAAAUUCUUAGCU